AUGACUGGUGGGGCGACUGUACGGAGCAGGUCGGUCUUGGUGGCCCUCGGUGGCACAGACCGGCAUGCCCAUGGUGGAAAAGGAACAAGCUCUGGGACAAGCAGCGUGGCAGGGGCCAGGAACAGAGCCCCUUCUGCACUGAGCCCAGAGCCCAGAGUGCAUCACAGCCCUUGUGUUUCUGUCCUCCCUGCAGUUAAGAUCCUUCUCUUCUACGUCAUAUUCUACGGCUGCUUGGCUGGCAUCUUCAUCGGAACCAUCCAGGUGCUGCUGCUCACCAUCAGUGAAUUUAAGCCCACCUACCAGGACCGAGUGGCCCCACCAGGAUUAACACAGGUUCCUCAGAUCCAAAAAACUGAGAUUUCCUUCCGUCCAUUAGACCCUAAGAGCUAUGAGGCCUACUUGCUGAACAUAAUUAGGUUCCUGGAAAAGUACAAAGAUGUGGCCCAGAAGGAUGAAAUGAUUUUUGAAGAUUGUGGCAAUAUGCCCAGUGACUUCAAAGAACGAGGCGAAUAUAACAACGAGCGCGGAGAGCGGAAAGUCUGCCGCUUCAAGCUUGAGUGGCUGGGAAAUUGCUCUGGCAUAAACGAUGAUACUUUCGGCUACAAAGAGGGCAAGCCAUGUGUCCUCAUCAAGCUCAACCGAGUUCUGGGCUUCAAACCUAAGCCACCCAAGAAUGAUUCUCUGGGACCUUACUCAAUGAUGAAAUACAGUCCGUAUGUCCUGCCUGUUCACUGCACCGGCAAGCGAGAGGAAGAUAAGGAGAAAAUUGGCACCGUGGAGUAUUUUGGACUGGGCGGCUAUGCUGGCUUUCCUCUGCAGUAUUAUCCCUACUACGGCAAACUCCUGCAGCCCAAGUACUUGCAGCCCCUGCUGGCUGUGCAGUUCACCAACCUCACCAUGGACACUGAAAUCCGCAUAGAGUGUAAGGCGUAUGGUGAAAACAUUGGGUACAGUGACAAAGACCGUUUUCAGGGACGCUUUGAUGUAAAAAUUGAAGUUAAGAGCUGAUCACAAGCACAAAUCUUUCCCACUAGCCAUUGAAAACGUUUAAAGAUACAAAAACAAAAAAACCUACUAGUCUUGAACAAACUGUCAUACGUAUGGGACCUACACUUAAUCUAUACGCUUUACACUAGCUUUCUGCAUUUAAUAGGUUAGAAUGUAAAUUUAAAGUGUAGCAAUAGCAACAAAAUAUUUAUUCUAUGUAAAUGACAAAAUAAAAAUAAAAAUUGAGCCUUGGGACGUGCCCAUUUUUACUGUAAAUGAUGAUUCCAUAACUGACUUGUAGUAAGCAGUGUUUCUGGCCCCUAAGUAUUGCUGCCUUGUGUAUUUUAUUUAGUGUACAGUACCCUAGGUGCAUACUCCGGUCCUUUCUCAAGCCAUGUUUUAGCGUAUCUGUUUGCUACUUUCUGUGAGCAAGGUGUGCUGUCCAAGGUGUAAAUACUCAAUGGGAAUAAAACUGGCAUGGUCA